GAUGAUCAUCCAUAUAUUCCUAGAGGCGCAACCGAUAGUCGUGCACCGUGUCCCGCCCUCAAUACACUCGCUAACCACGGGUAUCUGCCACGCAACGGCAGAAAAAUAUCCCAGUGGGACCUCAUACGAGCGUUGCAACAAGGAUACAACUGCUCCCUCCCACUGGCUAUCUUCUUGACGUGGGGAGGGUACUUACUGCUCGCCCAAUUCGGCCAUAUCAGCCUGGAUGACUUACGCAGACAUGAAUACAUCGAGCACAAAGCGUCAUUGGUGCACGGGGACGCAGUGGACGAUGAAGAAUAUGCUCCAAAUGCCGUUGUGCCUGAGCUUAUCGAGGAGUUCAUGAGGGAUGCAGAUGACAGCAAGUUCGAUGCCAGGGCCAUAGCUCGGGCUAGGGUUCGGAGAGAGGCGACGUAUACCACGCCGAUGGAUGCAUUGCAUGCUGAGCUAGCUCGGGGAGAAGUGGCGCUUGUCUUGGGUAUCUUCGGCGGGCGAGACGAACGUGUGGAUGCGGAUACGCUGCGUAAUUGG